UCAGAGCACGGUUACUCAUAAUAUCGACGCGUUGUAAGGAAUUUGCAUGUACCGCAUCCCAAUUCGCAAGACGUAGUCAUUCCAUUGCGUCUUACGAUUUUCAAGCAUCCGGGCCAUCUGUUUCUACGAGUAUGAGAGAGAGCGAUUGUGCAUACGACAGCACCAGCAACGUCGACACUGACGAAGAUACUAGACCGUUACCAAAACGUAGGAAAACGAGCAGUGGAGCUGGAGUGAAUACAAUCGAGCUCGGAUCACUGUUUGAUCUUGCAGCAGAAGUCGUUGCUACUGUAAUUCCGUUCAGUGCAGUCGAGCAAUAUUACCACAAGUCUCCAAACAAAAUUCACGAUGAUGUUUUAUUUGCAAUAAUUAAGAGGGCUUUUCCGACGGAUCGAGAUAUGGUGGGGCUGUGUGCAGGAUUGUCACGUCCUUCUUUCUAUGGUGAUGAUUUCUACCGCGAAUCCAGUGAUUGUGACAUCAUUGCAAAGGAAGUAAUACAAACAGGGUUGUCGCUGACUGGAACCCUUGUGCACAUGCGUCUGUCUUCAGAAACGUCCAGGUAUCGUCGAGCUGACGUUUCCAUUCUUUUUGAUCGUCGAUGUAUCACGUGUGCUACCUGCUCCGUACAUCGUCAUCGACUCACUUGGUGCAAACAUGUUUUACGGCUUAUUCACCAUCGCAUCUUUCAUCCUGAAGCUGUUGCUUACCGUCUACCAAUCUCGUUUACGUUAGAGCGUCUCAGUCAAUCACAAAUGCAAGAAUUGAUUAGCUCACUCAUCUCAACUGGUUCAGUAAAGCUUCUCUCGUCAGCCAGUAAAGCAAUAUGUGAUAUGAAUCACGAAAGAAGUUCUAUAGCGACUUGCAGCCAUCCAGUUCGUGCCGCAGUGUCGACUCCCGAUCUGACCGCCAGAGGUAGCAGAGAUGACUCAAGUUGGUGGCUAUUUGAUGAGCAGAGAGUUCGUCUUGUCAUGAAAAACUAUUGCGAAAAACUUGAUUCUAUGAACGGAGGAAGAUCAUACAAAUGUGACCCGGAUGAACCAACCAGUCCAGAUGAAUGGAAUUAUCUUCUUGAAGGCAAUAGGAAACAAACACUUGCUCGAGUAGAGAAAGCUGUUGAUGCUCAACUGGAUUGGAGAGCAGAGGAAGAGCUAGAUUCUUUGCUGGCCAUUGUGUUGCAUCUAAUAAAGUCGGCAGACGUUACCGUGUUGAGGGUUUUACGUGUACUCACGGAUCAGUGGUUCAAGUUGCUAGAAAAUGUACUGAAACGGAUUGUACGGCAACUUCCGUUCGACCAGCAAAGAGGAGAUGACACUCAUGACGACGAUGCUGCGAUCUAUUCAAGAAACAGAGAGCUCUUCCUUUCUAGCGGAAGGGCUUGGUACCUAGCAGACCGUCUGACUUCUUGCUGGCGGAUUGCGGUGCUGAAUUGGCGUUACUCGGAUGGAACUGUAGAGUCAAUAAGAGAUCAGACCAUCAAAUGGGCUUUAAGAUUGCGCAAUAUUUUGAGGGAGGCCAGUCGUUUACACGACUCCAUCGAUGAUAUAUACGAGGCAUGGCCGGAAUUUUUUGCUGUUUUCAGUUUGCAGCAUUGGAAUGGAUUCUGCCACGUUCAGGCCAUAGCUUCUCCUCAAGCUCGAGAAGUUUUCAGAAAACUAAGUAUCGUUACAAAUGAAAUUUCAUACAAUGGCGACUAUGAGAGUGAUGAUGAAGGAGCAGAGAGUCUAAGAACGCUAUCCUGUUUUAUUCAGUGUUUACGUUUCUAUCGCUAUGAGACAGCAGCUGCUACAUUGGCUGUGCAAGCAAUCAUCUGUUACUUACCCGUAUCACCUCUUCGAUCAGAUGGUGGUGAUAGUUCGACUAAAUUCUUACUGAAUGAGGUCAGACAGUGUCACAAUGAAAUUGGAGUUUACUUGUGGGGAGGUGAUGCUACUGAUGGUGACGAACCUUCGAGAGACCCGGUGGUUUUGUCUGCUCUCUUACAGGCUGUAGUAGACAAUGACGACGCUUGGAAGAUAUGGUGUAAUUCUACGAUGAAAUGCUCGACUGAGUUUGAAUUUGAUGACGAUUGCUGCUCUCCAAAUUCAGCCAUGGUUUCGUUGCCUUUGCCUGUCUACGUUCUACUAGAGUGCAUCAAGCGCAUUCCGGACGACUUUCAGGUUGACAACGUAGUACAGCUUGACUUCGUUAUUGAACUCAACAAGCUGCUUUCUAGCACAAUAAAUCGCAUCUUCUCUCUCACUCUUAAGAAAAUUUUGGAAAUUUUGUCCAUAGUAGACUAUGCUAUCGAAGAUGAGUUAGAAGAAAGAGAAAACAUUUUGAAACUGGUUUUCUUCUUUCGCAUUCGACUGUCACACUUUUGGAUUUCUAACCUGCUUCAACCUUCUUCUGCAUUAGUUUGCGACUGCCUGGCGACACUUGCAAGCAGCCUUUCGCGUCGCAUUGGAGGAGAAGACUCAAACGAAGACUUCUACCUCACACUUACAGACUAUUCGUCGUUCCUGUUUCAAACCGCUCAGUUUUACGUUAACAACUUUGAGGAAAUUUCGAGAUCUUCAGCAGUAGAGAACGCUAUAGUUAUAUGUACGCCAGAAAUCAAGUUCCACUUUUUCAAUUUUUUUUACACGCGAACAAGGGUUGAAAUGUUUUUGACCGAACUUUUACGGAUUGCAAUCAUUAUCUGUCCGACCGUCACUUCUAUAGCGACGUGCUCCUGUUGUUAUCCUCUUACUACUGAUUCACUCUCUAAUCGAUUACAGGCGCUCAAUUUGCCAUCUUACGUAUACAACUGCAGACGAGAAGAUGAGACAAGUCAUUCUCAUAUUGAACGUGAUAUGAUUCAAGGGAUUGUGGCCUGUCGACUUAUCACAAAUGUGCUUACCGUUUCUCGUGAAAGAAAAGAUUUUGGAUUCCUUUAUCUGCGACGGCGUGCAUUACAUGGUUUGUUACAAGUCGCAGGAGUGAUUGGUGCUGUAGCUGCUUUGAGAGUCGUAUUAAGAUACGACUGGCAUUGUGUAAUGUCGUGGCGUGAGGCUGUCAGUUAUGUUCUACUCGAGCCAGCAUUUGUGCAGUCGUUCAAGUGUAGAGCGUGUGACGAGCUGCCUCCUAAUGUAGAGGCCAUGAUUCGAGGAGUAAUUCUCAAUCGGCUCUAUUGGCUACCGUGUGAUGAUAUGUUAGCCCAGGACGUCUACUAUCAGGCCGUCAAGGAAUUGGGUUUGACAUCACUGCUAAUUCAAGAUGUUCUUGGCAACAAUCAGAAUACUUCUAACUUAAGUUACCGUCUCUUGUUUCAAAUGGCCGAAGAUCUGCGCGAAAAACCAUCUGAAGCUCUGGAAAUGGGAGUGAGAGCGUACACAGCCAUGUGGAGCUAUUACAUCCAUAGAAACGAGAGCGCUGUUGUACCUCAUUCCCCUAGUUCGUUUACUCUAGUUCUUCGCGGUGCUCAUCUUCUGGGUGCUUCAGCUAUGAAAUUAGAUCUUGAUGCAACGCCAUCUGGAGCUGUAACGGUUUCGUUUGAAAACACAGAUCGUUUGCUGCGUCUUGUGAUGCUUCUGUGGGAAGAUCCUAUUGUGACUUUUCAUGUUGUCGCUGAGAUGGCUCGAAUAUACCGAGGGGGUCGGUACCUUAUCCAUUGUGAGAAUGAAAUGUUACAGUGGCUUGAGUCUACGACGACAAUAAAGCCAGUGAUUUCUCUAAUUACGCUCAGUGAAGCUAACGGGAUGGUUUCCUCCGUCUUAAAUAGGUGCAAGUCUGCAAUCCUUGCUACUCUAGCGGAAGACGAACACAACGCAAUUGGUUGGUUGAGCUACUGCCAACAUUCUUAUCUACGUCUAACUGACCGUCCUCUUACGGGUGACGAUUUUCUAUGCCUCAAGACUAUUCUACAAGCUCUUCCUGAUGCCAACGUCGACGUGGAGUCUCUCGUCUCACAUUCUGCGUUGUGUUUGUGGCAAAAUGCUGCAGCAUGUUUCUUGAAUGCUUGUCCGCACGAGAGGGAUACCCUUGUUCUAAAGAACUGCUAUGUAUCUUAUUAUGGGCAACUAAUAUGUGACAAAUCUGUAAAAAAUUGCUUGUUUUUAAAACCCGUUGUCUAAAUAGUUAAUGCAAUUGUGUGGUCCAAACGGACCAAAGUUGUACUGUACUAUAAUAUUUCUUACACACCAGAUUUGGUGCAGUUUCUUUGGAGGGCAGUCGACAAACAGACAAACAAACAAACAAUUAAAUCAACAAGCUAACAAACGACACACGACAUGUAUAAAAUAUUU